UCAGAAACAAGAUGCAUGGGACUGGGCAAAAUGUUCCUUGCCUACAAUUAGGUACUUAUAUCCAGAUUGACUUAACAAACAACCUACGAUUUAUUCCGUUUGAAGGAGUAUAUAUCUCAUGAGAGUUCGAGUUAUCAUGCUGUGUCAUGUACCUUCCUUACCUUAGGUAGGUAUUUGUAACUAACCGGUUGGGGCUACUGGUGGGGUAUAGCUACCCUUACACCCAUACGAUUAUUCAUGCCAUCAUAGAAGCAUUCGUGCCAUUUGGUAACAACCUGAAUAUUACAUCCAAUUUCAAUCGCUGUCCUCCAUAUCCGUGGUCCUAUAGUCGAUUUCCAAGAGUCAUGGCCGACCGCCCACUCCCCUCGUCUUUCGACGAGAAUGAAGAAUACCAAGAGACUGGUCUUCAGAAAAUCGGCCGCAAAUUACGAGAAGAACCUCUCAUUCCCCUAGGCACCGGCCUGACCUGUCUCGCCUUAUGGAACGCUUUCCGCGCGAUGCGCCGCGGCGACCACGUCCAGGUGCAACGCAUGUUCCGGGCCCGUGUCGCCGCCCAGGCCUUUACCGUGGUAGCCAUGGUUGCCGGUGGCGCGUACUACGGCGCCGACCGUGAGAAGCGGAAGGAGCUGAUCAAGCUCGAGGCCCAGCAGCGUGCCGAGGAGAAGAAAGAGAAAUGGAUACGCGAGCUGGAGAUGAGAGACGAGGAAGACAAGAAGCUCCAGGCCGCUAUGAAGAGGAAGCGGGACCGCCUCGAGCAGAAGCGUCUCGAAGAGCAGGCUCAAGAGCAAGGGUCCAAGGUCGCCACCUUGUCCGCGGAUUCAACCACGACCGCCGCCGCCAGUACCGAAGCCGAAAGCAAAGUCGAUGGUACGAAGGGAGGGUGGGGUUGGUUCGGUACGAAAAAAGGGUCCGCUGAAAAUACACAAGCAAAUGCAGAAGUACCGAAAAAGUAGCCCUGAGUGUUGUCUUCUACACUUCCCCUAGGCUCUCAAUGGGCCUUGAGGCGUAAAAAUUACUGUAUGUUGGAACGGAAAAAAGGAACAGGUACCAUCAAGGAAAUAUCGGUCCUAUCACUGGGAACAACCCCCGCUUUAUCUGUAUAUACGCUGUGUACAUUGUAUGAUUAUAAUGAUAAAUGA